AUGCUAGUUCUUUUCUUAAAGGAUUUGGACAUUACAUCAAGUAAUGCUAUUUCUAGUAUAGAUAUGGUCUUAGUUGAAUUUCAAGAAAGAUACAAUCUUCCGGUGACCGGAACAUUAAAUAAUGAUACUAUGAAUAUGAUGAUGAAUAAGCCUCGAUGUUCUGUUGGCGACAAUAACUAUGCAAUUCAUUCGAAGUGGAAUAAAACGACAUUAAGUUGGUAUUUUCCUCAAGCUGUUAGUAAUCCCGGUCAUAUACAUCUUGCUGAAGACGCUUUCGUUAGAUGGGGGAAAAUAUCUAAUUUAAAGUUUAAACGAGUAAUAAUACCUUCUUCAAAGCAGGAUAUUACUAUAACUGUGGUGCCAAAUAAUCAUAAUUUUCGAGCAAGUUGUCAAGGAACCUCUAAAUGCCCAUUUAAUUUCGAUGGUCCUGGAAAAGUAUUGGCCCACGCAUGGCAAUAA